UAAAACUAUUAAGGUUUCAAAGAAAAGUUGUCCCAUGCUGGGUUUUGAACUGGCACGACGAUAUAACCAGCUAAUAGACAGAAAUCUAGACUAAUUUUACAUCCCUUAGGUAAAUUUUACAAUUUGACUUUAAAGGGUAACAGUAAAAGUUGUUAACCAAAAAAUGAUCUUAAAAUCCAUUCAGGCUAUUAAUCACUCUAUAUUUAGAGAUUCGAAAGUUCCAAAAAAGAUAAGCUCAUAAGCACAUCACCAAAGAAAUACAUGUUUACACCGAUUUUUUUAAUAUAAAUGGCGUGGGUAAAACGUGGUGAACGUAAAGUAUAUAAAUUGCAGAGGUCAUGUAAUCCCUCAAAUCCUUGACAAACAUCCAAAACUCUAGAACUGUCACCAAUUGAACCAUCCUUUUAACAUCAAAAAAUUUCAACCAGACAUCAUUUUAAAAUGUCAAGUUGUCGGAUGACAUUCCUAAUGAUGUAAAAAGUUUGAUCACUAGCGCAAUUUUAGGUUACAAUUGUUAAUUCCCGAGGUAACUCUUGACCACAUGAACACAUAUACAUUAUUUAAAGCCGAAAACAAAACAUUACUUUAUUUCAUUUUGCUUUCUUAGGACAUGCAAUUGAAGUUCAGACAAGACAAGCAGAUCUCGACACGUCCCUCUCCCAACAUGCACACCUCCUCCUGCCUCGUUUACAUAUAAUAGAAGUUCUAUUAUAGAACUAUUAUUAUAUAUCCUUCUUAUAUUUUUAAAACGAUAUAUUAUGACACAAGAUCACGAUCGAUACAUGAAACUUAACCGCCAAUAAAGUCGAUCAAUCAAGUAUAUAACAUAAACUCGAGCAAUCGCAAGGGAUCAUUCGCUUUUACAAAAAAAAAAAAAAAAAAAAAAAAAAAACUGUAAUAAAACUUUAUACACUAAAAAGAAAAUGGUGGAGGUUCAAGAUUUAGAACCACUAAGUCCAAUUCAAGACGAAGAUGGCGAUGAAUUAGAAGAAGAUGAGGACGAAUUUGAACGUUUUGGAGAGGAAAUCAGCUACGACGAUCUCAAGAAACGCAUGUGGAAAGAUCGAAACCUCAUGUGUAAGCUCAAGCAGCAGAAAAGAGAUAAUCAUAGCUCCGUUAUCUCUUCGCCGUCAUCUUCCACGUCAGCAUCAUCCUCUUCCUCCUCCUCCGGUAUCGUGCGCCGAGCAGAAGCUUCACGCCGCAAGAAAAUGGCUCGAUCUCAAGAUUCGGUGUUGAAGUACAUGAUGAAGAUAAUGGAAGUUUGCAAAGCUCAAGGAUUCGUUUACGGAAUCGUACCGGAAAAAGGUAAACCGGUAACCGGUUCUUCAGACAGUUUAAGACGUUGGUGGAAAGAAAACGUUCAAUUCGAUCAAACCGCUCCAAACGCUGUUUCUGAUUACUUAACUUUAGCGGCUGCUCAGUUAAUCUCAUCAAACGAAUCUUUAGAUCCGAAUUCGUAUAUUCACAUGCUUCACGAGCUACAAGACACGACUUUAGGUUCGUUGUUAUCAGCUUUGAUGCAACAUUGCGUACCCCCACAACGGCGGUUUCCGUUGGAAAAAGGUUUGGCUCCGCCGUGGUGGCCCAACGGGACGGAGUUAUGGUGGGGAGAGCAAGGAGCUGCGGCGUUUGAGCAUGGUCCGCCUCCAUAUCGGAAACCGCACGAUUUGAGAAAAGCUUGGAAAGUGAGCGUUUUAGCGGCUGUGAUUAAACACAUGUCGCCGAAUUUGGAGAGAGUGAGACGGCUCGCGAGACAGUCCAAGUGUUUGCAAGAUAAGAUGAUGGCGAAAGAGACCGAUACCUGGUCUCGUGUGUUGAAUCAAGAAGAAGCUCGUCUCAAUCGCCUCAAGAUCUCAGAUGACGAGGACGAGGAUCGAGAUCAAGAACUAGCAAGAUUCACUUGUUUUGAUAAAGAACCGGCGUACAAAAGGGUUGAUCAAGAAUCUUCCUUGAACAACUGUUUUCUUGUAGCGCAAGAUCAAGAAUUGCGGAAUGAAAAAAGGGUUGAUCAAGAAAAGUCGCUAAAUACUUGUUUUCUUGUGGCCCAAGAUCAAGAACAGUUGGGUAAUAAGAGAAAAGGUAAGUUUGCGGAGCAUGAGGCGAUGUUAUCUAAUGUCUACACUUGCCAAAACUCGAGUUGUCCUUCGAGUGAUGUGAGUUUAGGAUUCGUGGACAAGAACUUGAGGACCGGCCACGAGAUUGAGUGUCUCUACGGGACUCAAGAACUGGCAAACCAGAGUAGUGGUGGUGGCUCGGAUGGGUUUGUUAGGUCGAUGACUACGAGUGAUGAUGAUUACAGCGCGAGCUCCAAGGCAGAGGACACAAGAGAUUAUCAUAAUCAAGAUGGAAACUGGCUAGAUUAUCUCUGGUUCGAGAGGUUACAUGACUUGAACUGUUCUGAGCAAGGAUUUGAAGAUCAAACGAGCACAGUGGAUUUGAACCAAUUACCAGAUCAUUCUGACUCGAAUCAGACCAUGAACGAGGAAGAUUUCUCGUUAUGGGACAUGGGUUGUGAAGACAGAGAUAUUUACAUGUCUCAAGAUUGAAAAAAUUGUCAACUUUG